AUGGGUGGUAAAGCAGCAAAGACAACUCACAAUAUCAACAACAUUUUUGACCCAGAAACUGCUAACCAACAUAUAGUGCAGUGGUGCUUCAAGAAAUUUUACAAAGGAGAUGAGAGCCUUGAAGAUGAGCCUAGUGGCUGGGCAUCAGAAGGUGACAAUGACCAAUUGAGAGCCAUCUUUGAAGCUUAUCCUCUUACAACUACAAGAGAAGUUGCUAAAGAGCUCAACAUCGACCACUCUACAGUCAUUCAAUGUUUGAAGCAAAUUGGAAAGGUGAAAGACCUCCAUAAUUUGCUAAGGGAACUUACCAAAAUGGACCACAACUUGGACAGAACAGAUGAUGAGGACAUUUGCUCUGAAAACCGUCAAACUGACUUCCUUCAAGAUUUGGAGACUAAAAAAUGGUUGGAGCUGAAGGCUGGGCAUGGCCAGGACCUGCAGAGUGAACAGGAUGAGCAAGAAAGAGAUCACAUUCAACAUGAAGAUCCCCAAGCAUCCACAUCUUUGCAGUUUUCAGAGGAGAACAUCCUUGAACAGAGUCAGGAGAGCAUGUUCUUUCAGCUUAACCACUGGAAUACACGGAUGGGCCUACAAGUGAAAGAACUUGGAGCUGAUCACAUAGGCUGGAUGGAGAAAAUUAAAAAUAUUUUACAAAAAAUAAGCCUAACAGAAAACACAGUGAAGAGCUUAUUAAGUGAGGUUAUAUCCCUGGAGGGCCAAAUUGAAAAGCUGGAAUCACACCAGGACCUUGACUCUGAUCAGGGGGUAAACAUGGAGGUAAAUGCUUGUGAUGAAGCUCAUAAAUUAAAGGAAAAACUCAUUGCAAGAAUAGAGAAUUUUUGCAAGGACAUGGCUCUGCUGGAUACAAAGUUGGGGAUGUUCCAAAAGCAAGGGAAUCCAGACUCUCAGAGUCCUGAAGAAAUGGGCAUGGAUGAAAGGGAGCCCCUGCUUCUUCAGGCUUCAUCACCAUCCUUGGAGGAGAGCUCCCCUCCCCAUAUUACAAUGUGGAAACGUGCACUGAGGAUUUUCAUCAUGUUUUAUGUCCUCACCUUGACUGGACUUUCAUGUUACAUACUGUUUUUUGAUGCUACAUUUAUCUUUGAAAAGGUGCUCCCUACAAUUCUCGGGCGCCGCAGGAUGUGGGAACUGCGGGAGAUUCUUGCACCUUUCUUGAAUUUGGAAGUGGAAGACUUGCUACCCUCUUAA